UGGGAAUUGGAGUCCAACCGGCCGCACUUCCCAGCCCGGUUUGGGGGCUGGGACUACAGGAGGCGGGCCCCGAGCGGCGGCCAAUCAGAGAUAACCACGCGCACCUCCAAAACAAGAGGCGGUGACUUAGUACCUGUCACUGGGAGGGAGAGAGGGGCGGGGCUAGGGCUGCCCAGAGCCUCCUGUCCCGCCUUCUCCCCCCGGGGCCCCUGCGCAAGGGGCUAGGGGGUGUCCGGGAGAGUCUUCUGUGACGUUGUCUGCACAGGCGGCUGGCCUCUGGUUCGCGCCUUGCGUGGCCUCUGUGCUCGGCGCAUGGAUGAGGGGGGAAGCACGUCACUGGCUGUGUCCCAUGCCCCAGUCAGUGGGGCUUCCUUCCUGCAGCCCCACAGGAAAAUACUCGUUAUUUUAAAGGUAUUUGCAAAGGGGAUAUCUCCAAACUCCUCCAUCCACAGCAAAACCAAAGGAAGAGGAAAACUCUACAAGAUCAUGCUGCAAAAGAGCCUGUGGAAGAUACAGAUCCAAGCACUUUUCCAUUAGAAAUGAGAGAAAAGUAUCCUGUCCAAGAUACACGGCUACCUAAAGAUGAGGAGUACCUAACAGAUAAAGUUACAUUGGAAAUAGCAUCUAUUAACAUCAGAAGUCUUACAUCAGAUUCUGGCCUAAUACAACAGCCAGAAGAGAAUGAUAGUCAAAACAAUACUGGAGAAUCACUUUCAGAUAUGAGGAGCUCCUGCAAAGAAAAUGGCACCUGCUCGUUAUGUUUGUGUCGUGCUCCAACCAUCAGCGACUUGCUCAAUGAUGAGGACUUGUUGUAUACAAUGAGGAUAAAGUUGGAUCCAUGCCACCCUACAGUAAAGAACUGGAGAAAUUUUGCAAGCAAAUGGGGAAUGACCUAUGAUGAAUUGUGUUUCCUGGAACAGAAACAACAAAGCCCUACGUUGGAAUUUUUGUUGCGGAACAGUGACAGGACUGUGGAACAAUUGAUUGAUCUGUGUAAAUUAUAUCAAAGAAUUGAUGUUGUGAAAGUGCUGCUGAAGUGGGUGGAGGAAGAAUGGCCAAAGAGAGGGAAUGGAACCUAUCAGAAUCACUUCUAGGUCAAAGAAAAUUGUUAGCUUGAAAAAUUUACUUGUCUAAUUGCCACUAGUGAGAGGGAAGCUUUCCUUGUCAGUGAAAGGGCAUAUACCAUCAGUUUAUGCAGAAUGCAAGCUUUUAUUUUAUAUAUAUAUAUAUAUAUCAAGCAAAGAUGACCUUCCAAAUGUGAACAGGAUAUCACUAAUACAGAGUUGUCUUCCUGAGUCUACAAACAUUGUAAGUCUUUUCCACUCCUCAUAGAUUUCCCAA